AAGCCGUUUCACCUGUGAUACUACAAUUCCCAGGAUUCCUUGCGCGAAGAAGCUCUGGCGGUUUGCUUAAUCGCCUCAGCCUCACUCGUAUUUAGGCUGCCGCCUUUACUCUCACUGGAAGUGAGAAUUUGGAAGCGAUUAAAGGCGGGAUACAGAUCUUUAGCAAACAAGGGUACACUGUGCGUAUUUGUUGUGUUGGAGUUCCGACUCGGAGUUACGACAUGGGGAACGGCAUCAAUAAGGAGAUGACCUAUCUCUGCCUUACAGCAACAGACAUGCCCUCACAGGAUCUGUAAGUACUAUUCACGGAGCUCAGCAUGCAACAAUGGAAAGGCGAGCCAACCAGAAAGAGGGCGUUCACAUAGGGCUGUGCUCUGUGGGUGUCUAAGGUUCAUUUUCCAUAAGUUGACGUGUAAAUGAUAUGAUUUCACAAGUUUAAUAUUUGACUGUGAACUCAAUCUCUCGCAUGACCCAGAGUAACACAACCACAUUCAGUUGCUGAUGAGCAACUGUUCCUUAGACAUAAAUAAAGGUUUACAUCAGGGGUGGGCAACUCCAGGCCUUGACUGCACUUACGAGGUGAUUCAACUGUUGGAUUCAAGUGUGUUGGAUCAGGGAGAAAUCUAAGAGUUGCUGGACAUGAGUUGCCCUCGAGGACCAGGAUUGCCCACCCCUGGGUUACAUGUAAGGGGGUUUUACUUUUUUAUAAUGUUUUUUCUGAUGCAAUUGCUAAUGCUGGUGUUCGAAGUAUCCAAAGAACCACUUGGGAAUUGACUAACUUCAAGAACAGAAGUCACACAAAGAAGAUUACUCUUUUGAGGACAAGAUGAUGCAAAGAAGCUCAUUGGGACAACCAUAAUGUGUCAGUACGAUUUGUAAGCACAAUCGAUCUAAAAUCCAUCCGUCCAUCUGUCCAUCCACGGCCAACUGGAUAUAUUUAGAUUUUUUGUAAUUAUCAACAAAAGUACACAGUAAAUGAAAGUUUCUUCAGUUAGCGUUGCCAUAAUUUGUAGGCAAUACUAAGCUUUAGAAUCUAAAGGCUGUUUAGUAUUUUGUUGUGAAAUGCCAAUUUUAACGAGCAAAACAUGAUGGCAGUGAAGGGAUUAUUUUUUGCUAAGUUGAUGUACAAGGCUUCUAUAAGAUUAUUAAACAUUUACUUGCUUGCAUGCAAAAUUGGAUAAUUUAUCAAACCUGAUAUCUGUGUCUCAUUUAGUAAUUUGAUUUGGGUUUUGAACAUGAAUAACUGUGCAGCUUCUCGCCGAGCUACUCUUUCCUUUUGCAAGAGUUUUAAAAUGAAAAUGUGUAAAAUCUGCAAAUGUGAUCAAGUGUGUAAAUGAAUAAUUAGUUGUAAUGGUGGCGUGUGUAUAUAGUUUUCAUUGUACAACUUGUGAUGUUCCCUUAAUUAUUGCGGUCAUGACCUAUAAUAAGUACUAUUUACAUAUUUUAUCACCCUUUAGAACUCAGCACUUUAAAGAGAGUAUAAUGUUCAUGCACGAGUGCCGGCUGAAAGGAGAAGGCUGCCUCGUUCACUGUUUGGCAGGAGUGUCUCGCAGCGUCACCCUGGUAAUAGCCUACAUCAUGACAAUGACUGGCCUGGGCUGGCAGGACGUGCUCAAUGCGGUGAGAGUGGUCCGGCCCUGCGCCAACCCCAAUUUGGGUUUUCAGAAGCAGCUGCAGGAGUUUGAAGAUACUAAAGCUAAAGAGUUCAGGGAAUGGUUUCAAAUGAAAUACGAGAACAAUCCCUUCAAUGAUACUGCGGACAUACUUAAGCUACUGGGCAGGGUGCCUGAUGUCAACAAUGAGGGGAUGGAAAACCAUGUGUCUACUCCGCCUGAAGGUAUUUGAACUGAGCUGAGAUCUUUUGCAGCUCAACCAAACUGACUGUCACAUCCUGAAGAGGUUUGCACCUGGGUGGAAGUCUGAAAUGCACUGUUCUCUGACUCUUUCUUACACAUUCAAUGACUGUCAUGGACUUCUUACAUGCAUUGCAUAUGUUUCUAAUAUUGAAUUGAUUGUAAGAUUAGUUUUUUUUGUUUUUUUUUUACUUGUAAAUGUUUUAUUUUUUCCAAUGCGUCUGUGUGAUCUGAAAUUGAUAAAUAAAAGAAGUCAAGCCAA